AUGGAAGAGGAACUGAGCAAUUUGCUUCCGAAUGGAAAUGAAACCACCAAUGAAGAAGAAGAACCGGUUGUGGCAUAUCGUCCUACCGAAGAUCCAAUUGAAAAUGAAGUGGAUCAAGCUGGCACCAAAUCACCAACCCCCUCGGAGACCGAUCCUGAUCCACUCGAACUAAGACAGCUUGCAGUGAGUUAUGAUUACCUUAUUUACAAAAUAGGAGACCAUAUGCAAACAUUAAUGGAAACUACUUACGCAUCUAUUCUCAACAAACAGGAUUUAAUUAAUAGUGAAUACUUUGAUAAACAACUACAAUUAUCAAAGCAAUUUGAACAAAUUGAUCGAAUGCUAGAGCCAUGCAAUAAAUUAGAGUUGGAGUUUUUAAAAUUAGAUCAAUUAGGGAUGUUCAUUGCGGACUUCAAACAAAGAUUAAAUGUUUUAGAAAGUGAAUUUAGUGAAUUGGAUCAUAAUAUUGAAUAA